AUUUUGGAUGUUUUGUCACUGCAAACAAGGCUAGAAAACAGGUUUUUGUUUUUGUACCUAAACCUCACCGGAUCAUUUUGAACUGACCCAACAGAAGCAUGACAAGGUGUUUUCUACCAGUCAGCUGCUGAGGACUGAGCUCACAGACUGAUCCUGGACCAGCCUCGGUCUCAGUCAUUAAUCCCCCUCUGCUCCUCCCUCCACCAUAAAACCACCUGAGAGGUGAAGCUGCUCUCUCUCCUCCGGCAACAUGUUUCCUCUGCAGCUGCUCGCUCUGGUCUUCAUCGCCACGGCGAGCCGAGACGACGGGAAAGACAAGAAGAGGACAGACGGACAGGAAGAGGGGAGGACAGACGGACAGGAAGGGGGGAGGACAGACAGGAAGCAGACUCUCAGGAGGGGAGACCUGCUGGUUGUUCCCAGGACUCUGUUCACUCACUUUGGGAUUUACCUGGGAGGAGACAGAGUGGCUCACUUCAUCCCUGACAUCAUGCCGGUGGUCUCCAGUGACCAGCGUCGGAUCAGUCAGAUGGUGACCAACACCAGGCUCCUGCUGGGAGUUCUGACCAAGUGUGGCAGCGUGAGGGUGGACUCUCUGGACGACUUUGCCUACGGGUCAGAGAUACUCGUCAACACCACCGACAAGGUGUGCAGCCACCUGCCGCUGCGGGGGGAGGAGGUGGCGGCGAGGGCGGAGAAGCUGCAGGGUCACGUGAGCUACAGCCUGCUGUGGUACAACUGUGAGCACUACGUCAUGUACUGUCGCUACGGCACCGUCAUGAGCUUCCAGACCUUUCAGUUCUGUAAGACAGUGAGGUCGCUGUUGCUGAGUCGCCGUGUUGCCAAGGUGACAGCGUUGCUGGGGGCGUGUCUUCUAUUCUACGUCAGAGCCGUGAGCUCAUGCUCCGCCCUGCUGGCUCUGCUGCUGCCCUUCCUGAUCUGGAUGGCGUCAUGACACACCUGAGGGUGAACAGGAAGACCCGGAUGUGUCAGAUACACGAUGACGAAAUAAAAUACACAUGAAGAUAAUCCAAAUGAUGACAUGUUGAACAAAUAUUGUAUUUGUCUGAUAUUCUCCAGUUUGUGCAACUGAUUUAAUAAACUGUUUACAGAUUAUCAUUAUUU